AUGGCCUUGGCCUCGGCCACCCAGACAGCUGCUUGCCCUCCAGAGACCCCAGCUGGAGCCCCACCCACAGAGGGGCUCCUGGUCAACACCAGUGAGAUUGCCAGCUGGGUGAGGAGCAGUGGCUGCAGGUGGGUUGGGGCCGAGGGGGAGGGCAGGAGCGCCCCUCAGGCAGGUCACUCACCUGGCCCCCACGCACAGAUCUCCAAGGAGCUGGCUGACCUGGAGGUCGCAACCCACAGCCUGCGUGAGCAACACGAGGCUGAAGUCUUCCAGCUGAGAAGCGAGGUCCUUCGGCUGGAGGGCCGGGUGCUAGAGCUGGAGCUGCAUGGAAACCACGCCAGCCAGGGUUGUGCAGCCCCAGUCACAGCCAGCCUGCCCACAGCCCAGGGGCCUGGACCUGCUGACCACCAUCAAGUGCAGGUCACCUUGAGCACGGGUCGGGCCUGGCGGGAGGGGGUGGAGGGGAACCACCAUGCCGUCAGACUGCGACCUGUUCCUCAACCACUCUGCCAUGCAGAUGCUGCCCCAGCAGGAAAAGCCAAGGGAUGGAGUGAGCCUCCUGGCUGGGGAGGGGGUUCCUGGCUGACCCUCUGUGCACCCCACACAGAGCAGUGGAGGGGUCUUGAUGGGCCCCCAUGUAUCUCACAGCUGCAGGGAGAUGCCAACCAGGCACUAGAAUGCCACCAAGCACAGCAGCAGGCGCUGGAGGCCCGUGUGGCAACCCUGGGCAAAGACCUACAGCAUGUCCAGGAAGAAGCUAGAGUGUCCAGGCAGCAGCUGGCUACACAAUCCAUGGCACUGUCUGCCUGCCAGGGCCAGCUACGCCAGGCAGAAGCCGAGAAUUCACGGCUGCAGCUCCAGCUCAAGAGGCUGAGCCAGCAGUACGCAGUCCGGCUGGAGCGCCAGAUCCAGCAGGCCAUGGAAUAUGCCACUGGGGCUGGUGGCCCAGAGUCUACCACCGCUGCCCUGUGCGGGUUCCUGGAGGCCACCCUGCAGGACAUCCGGGCAGCCCACCGCAGCCGAGAGCAACAACUGGCCCGGGCCGCCCAUGUCUACCACAAGCGUCUAGCAGAUCUGAGCCGCCGGCAUGAGGAACUGCUGGCCACCCGAAGUGGUGCAGAUGCUGCAGCCUGGGCCCAGAUCUGGAAAAAACUCCAGGCCACCUCACGUGGCAGUCAGGCAGAGCUGGAGUGUGAGCGGGCGCAGCUGCUGGCCCGGGCUACAGUGGCAGAGGGCCAGCUUACCCAGCUGCAGGAGUAUGUGGACCAGCACCUGGGCAGGUACAAACAAGAAAUCCUGAGGCUGCGGAAGCUUGUGGGUGCAGGUGACCCCUGCAAGGUGGGGUCCCUCCCGCACCCCAGCCAAGCUUCAGUGACCUGGGACUCCCAGCCACUAGCCUGCUGCCCCUCCUCCCACAACGCACCUCCAGGGAACCACCCCCUAGCAGUUCUAAAGAAGUAAAUUGAACGGA